AAGUUUUCAGGCAACGUGUCAGAGUCUAUAGACAGUCUUAUAAUGUUGUCAAAUAUUGAUCUUAGAGAUUGGGGUUUUCCUGGGCCGAUUCCAAGUUCAAUCAAGGACCUUACUCAGCUUGUCUAUUUGGACCUCUCUGUAAAUCAGUUUGUUGGUUCUGUUCCAACAUUUGCUUUCUUGAAGAAUCUUACAGUGAUAAACCUUUAUAGUAACCGCUUAACAGGUCGAAUUCCUGACUCCCUCUGGGAAGGCCUUGAGAAACUAAGUUUUCUUGACUUGAGGAGAAUUCACUGGAAGGGGAACUUCCAUCAUCUCUGUUUGUUCUGCCAUCUAUAAAUGACUCGAAUCUCAACAACAACAGCUUCUCCGGUGUAAUCAGGGCAUUAAAUAGUUUUCUUCACUGGAAGUCCUUGAGUUGAAUGACAACAAUUUAGAAGGUCCAAUACCUCGGUUUUUGUUCGAACUCCAAAAUCUUUUGAGUCUCUCUCUGUCUGCAAACAAGUUUAAUGGAUCCGUGCAGCUAACUGAUUUUUAAAAGCUGACAAAUCUUGUGCAUCUUGAUCUUACCUACAACCGCCUGUCUGUACAGGUAAGCGAAACAGCAGCUAUUCCUUCAUUGUUUCCCGGUUAGGAACUCUAAUAUUGGCAUCUUGCAAGCUGCAGAAAUUCCCCUUUUUAAGGAAUCUGUCGUCAUUAAUGACGCUAGAUCUUUCAGAUAAUCAAUUACAUGGUGAAAUUCCUAAUUGGAUAUGGGAAGUUGGCGAUGGAUUUCUUUGCUUCCUGAAUCUUUCUCAUAAUCAAUUCAGUCAUCUUCAAGAACCUUAUGAGUUUCGCGACCAUCAUUAUCUCGAUCAACAUUCCAACAUGCUUCGUGGGGAAAUCCCAGUUCCACCACGAACUGCUGUCUUUGUAGACAUGUCAAGCAACAAGUUUUCAUUUCCUCUCUCAGCCAACAUCGGUUAUUCUCUUACAUCUGCCGUUUUCUUCUCAUUAGCAAAAAACAAAAUCGUUGGGACAAUCCCACCUUCGUUGUGUAACGCAACCCGCCUCCAAAUACUAGACCUGUCAAAUAACAGGUUGCAUGGCAGAAUUCCCUCCUGUUUAUUUGAAAUCACUAUUGGCGUGUUGAACUUAAGAAGAAACAAUCUCAUUGGUGAUGUGCCCUACACAUUUCCGGUUGGCUGUGGUUUGGAGACUUUGGAUCUCAGUUGGAAUGCUUUACAUGAAAAAGUUCCAAAAUCUUUGAUAAGAUGCACAGAGCUGGGGGUCUUAAACCUUUGCAACAAUGACUUGAAGGACAAUUUCCCCUGCUGGCUCAAGAACUUGACUGGCCUCCGUGUUCUUGUGUUAAGUAACAAUAAGUUUCAUGGAAAUAUUAGCUGCCUGGGGGAUAGUAUUACCUGGCCGAAUAAUUGUCAACAUUGCUUCUAAUGAGUUCAAUGGUGUUUUGCCUGAGAAUCUGUUCAAAGACCUGAAAGCAUUGACAGCUGAUCAUGAUGGCCCUGAUUACUUGAAGUUUCUUUACAUAACAGUAGAGCAUAUUUACUAUCAGGAUUCGGUGACCCUUACCCUGAAGAGACUGAAUGUUCAGCUGGGAAAAAUCCUAAACAUCUUUACCUCUGUCAACUACUCCAACAACCAUUUCCAAGGAAUAAUACCUGAAACAAUAGGAGAGCUGAAAUCCCAUCAUGUUCUCAACUUCUCACACAAUGCUCUUUCUGGUCACAUCCCGGGAUCUAUAGGCAAUCUGGAGGAACUCGCAUCAUUAGACCUCUCAUUCAACAAUCUUAGAGGCGAAAUCCCAGAGCAGCUAGCAACCCUUGCAUUCCUCUCAUUCUUGAACUUGUCAUACAACACACUAGUUAGAAGGAUUCUAUAAAGCAGCCAAAUGCAGACGUUUUCCGAAGUUCGUUUCUUGGAAAUGAGGGUCUCUGUAGAUUUCCCUUGAACAGAACUUGCACUGCUUCUGGAUCACCAGCAUUUCAACCGCCAACAUCAGAAGAAGAGGACCAGAAAUCAUUGGAGCAUGGGAUAUAUGUGAGAUUUUUUGCGUCGACACGACCAUCAACUGGAAAAUGAGAACUGCUGACACAAUCUUGCAGGCAAGUUGUAUCAGCUGGCCGUUGAUUGGUUGAAUGUUACCUGUGUUGUUAAACUCUUAAACCCAUGUAAUAAAACAUAUAUAAGUAAUACUAAUUAUUUACUUGCUAUGUUGUA